AUGUCUUCGUACUUUCCCACCCUUCCUCGACUUCUUUUCCUCGCCCUCGUCAUCGUUGUGGUUGCUCCGAGUCUUCGCAGUUCCCCACUGUUGACGGCCAGGGCAAACCCUUUGGGCCGAGACACUAGAUCUUCAGGGUCAGUCGAAUCGUUGCCAAAAGUCAAGAGGGAAGCGCUUCCGCAGAAGAGCAAGAGGGAGGACACGCAGACAGACGUCUGCAAACGAUGGGCAGGACAGAGUGCCAUCGUCAAUGGAACGCUGUACUACUACGGAGGGAGGGUGACGACCUCUCCUGAUCAGACCACUGACACAUGGAAUAACGAUUUCCUUUCGAUAGACUUAACCAAGUCCUGGCAGAUCUCCUCGCCGUCACUGACCGGCCUCCCUGUACCUAGCGGGCCACCUGCCGUCUCCCUCGGCUACCUAUGGAAUUCAUAUGACGCCUUAUAUCUCUACGGCGGCGAAUUCUCUGACACGCCCGUCGCGACCCCAGUCCCGUUUUCCACCUGGAUAUACGACAUUGCUUCGUCAUCAUGGUCUGAAUCUUCCGACCCUCAAACGAGUUCGGGAAAGAAUUCAGAGCCAGCUGAUCAACCAGUCCAGCGUGCAGCCGAAGGUGCAGGAGUCUCGGUGCCCAGUCUGGGUCGAGGCUUCUAUUUCGGAGGACAUUUGGAUUUCUUGACUACUCCAGGGUGGUCCGUGUCAGUCGCACGCGUCUACCUCAAAGGUCUGCUCGAAUACACCUUUCCGGGGUACAGUAAUUCUGCCGUGGACGGUGGAAAAGCUGCAGGCUCAUCUGGCAUCUACCGCAACAUUACGGAUGGUGGCACCCAAGAUUCAGCGGGCUUUCCCGAGCGUGCCGAUGGAAUCCUGGUCCACGUUCCUGGCUUCGGUAAAUCUGGCAUCAUCUUGGGUCUGGCGGGUGGUACAAACUCAACCUUCACCCAAAUGAACAUUAUAGACGUCUACGACAUCGAUUCGUCGACAUGGUAUAAGCAAGCGACCUCGGGGCCCACUCCUGACAUCCGUGUGAACCCAUGCGCGGUAGCGGUCUCUGCAGCCGACGGAAGCUCCACGCAGGUCUAUAUGUACGGAGGGCAGAACUUACUGCCAUAUGGCGAGCAGAAGCAAUACGACGACAUGUGGAUUUUAACCAUCCCUUCUUUCACCUGGAUAGAGGUCGACACAGCGAACCAAGCCAACCCCCCGGGAAGGGCCGGACACAUGUGCCAUGUCUGGAAUGCGCAGAUGGUGGUGGUUGGGGGAUACGUUGGCCAGGAUCUAUCAUGCGACACCCCAGGAGUUUACGUCUUCAAUACCAGUUCUCUGGAAUGGCAGAGCGAUUACGCCGCAUUCAAGACGGACGACAAUCUCAAUCGGCAGAAGAGCCAGCAGGACGAUCCCUCAGCCCUGCAAGGCUCCUAUGGCUACUCCGUUCCAGAAAAGGUUCAAUCCGUAAUUGGUGGCAAUGGUGUUGGGGCAGCGACCGUCACAGCUCCUGCGCAGGCCGCUACUCAAGGGCCCCUUGCCACAGGAGGUCCGAUAACGUAUACUGUCACGCAAUCGGAUGGGUCUGUGGCGACAGAAACGGCUUCACCUACCGGCACAGAUGGCAGUGUUCCCAGUGUACAGCCAGGCAGUUCGAAUAACGGGUCUUCUGGGGGCAGCAAUAUCGGAGCGAUCGUUGCUGGAGUUAUUGCCGGUUUGCUGGCCGUCAUCGCUGCGUACCUGGGCUUCUGCGUGUGGCUCUAUCGCAAGCAGCUGGCAGUCUACAAGAAUCACGUUGCUAUGGCCCAAAACCAACACCUCACCGGUGACCCGAGGUUCAUCGGCGUGGGAGCCGCGGCAAGUCGACCAUACACCGACAAGAGCCAGCCAUCCAGUGAUGGAAGUCGCUACAGUGCGGAUAAUCGCAGCGGCAGCAGUGGAGGCAGAGCCAACCAAUUGUCGAGUAACAACCCGUACCGCAAUGUGCCUGGAGGCGCUGGGGCCGCGACUGCAGCGAGCAGCACCGAAGACCUAAUGGCAGGCCAGGAACCCAGCUUCUUGGGUGUCGUGCUGAACCCCAGACGAAGCUUGAGGGUUGUGAAUAGGGAUUGA